CCUUUUUCCACUUCAGAAUAAAUCACAUUAUAUCUAAACCAGCAAACCAUCUCAUUCCAAACGGAUCUCAUAUUUCCAAUUUAUUCUCAGUUAAUUUCGAGCUGUUAUGUCAGUAUUUCAACUAUCAAAGCUAUUACCUCUACCCGAGGGUGAACUGAAGCAAGUCAUAGACUAUGCGGCUACGCUCUCUAAGCCAGACGCUGCCGAGCAUUUUCGGAAUCUACUCGGCGAAUCGCCUGAAUCUAUUGAUUUUAUAGCUUCUUUUAAUUCCAAGAGACAAGACCCCACAGCUUCCGCUACAUCCUCAAAUAGGUCUUCCUCACAUAUCGAACCUGUGCCGAAGCCGGCGAGAGCACCUAAAAAGCCAAAGGCUCAGUUGCAUACUCCCGCUCCACGUCAAGUCACCAACCUUGGCCCUGCACCAGGAACCGCAUAUAACAAGAAUGCUGAGAACGACUACAUCACUCGGCGUCCCAGUCCAGCUGCGACUUCAGCUGGAUCUGGGUCCGGAAAAAAGAAGCUUCCGCCUCAGAAAUCCGCUACUCCUCCUCCUCCGCCAAAGUUACCUCCUUCUGCCGCGGGUCAGCUGAUAUCAGAUGUCCGGGGGCCCAAGCCAAAGUCCACGCCUGCUUCACGGUCCUCAACGCCGGCUCCGAAAACCAAAGUCCAUAUCUCUGGUGGCACUGCUAUGCAUGGCGCAUCUACAGCUUUAUCAGACCUAGACAAUGCUAUUCGCCUUCUUGAAACAGCCACGAAUCCUACUCUAGGGACAGAUGAUUCCGCUCGAAAAUGCAACUGUGUCGCUGCUAGGCAUCCCCUGCUCGCUGCCACACCGAACUGCAUGAAUUGCGGGAAAGUUGUAUGUGUAAAAGAGGGCCUCGGACCAUGCACUUUCUGCGGCACGCCGCUUCUGAGCCCAGCCGAGAUACAGUUAAUGAUACGCGAACUUCGUGACGAGCGAGGCCGAGAGAAAAUGGCCGCCAACCGCGAAGCUAACAAGAAGGCCGACGUGUCGAGGACUCCCACUCCUUUCUCAAAACCCAAAGAAAUUACUAGCGAGACUAGCGAGGCACAGGCGAGGGCUCUAGAGCACCGAGAUCGUCUGCUAGGAUUUCAGGCUCAGAACGCACGACGAACGACUGUCCGGGACGAGGCCGCCGACUUCGAUGUUAGCGGGGCUAUGACAGGAUUCGGCGGUAAUAUCUGGGCCACACCCGAGGAGAGAGCUCGAGAAUUAAAACGUCAGCAGAAAGUUCUAAGAGAGAUAGAAUGGAGUGCUCGACCAGACUACGAGAAACGGCGGCAAGUUAUCAGCAUAGACGUAGUAGGUGGCAAGGUAGUCAGGAAGAUGGCAGCCGUUGAGCGGCCAGGGAGCCCUGAAGACGACAUACAGAUCGACACGACCCUACAGGAGAUCGAUAAUACUAACCGCAACAAUGCGAGUAGAGGAAGCGGAACUGGAGGAGCUUUUAGCAAGAAUCCAUUAUUAGGCUCGCUAAUCAAGCCAGUUUUUGACGCCGGAGGCGAGGGAGCCAAACUGGAAGGUCGUAAUCCCAAGACCACUCGGUGGAGGAGAGUACAAGAUGAUCUAGACGAUAACGAGGCCGUUAUUCUUGAUGGUGGAGCGUAUGGGGGGGGAUCUGGUCAAGAAACGACUCGUGCCGCUGCAGAUGAGCCUGCUUGCGGUUGAUGAAGGCCCUAGUUAGAAAAAGUAAUUAGAAAGUUCAAACGAAAGUUAGUGUCUAAAUGAUCACAUCACUGUCGAGUUCGGCUAGGGGU